AGUUUUUAAGCAAGUUUGCACGAUUCUGGGUAGCUGUGCGGGCUAAGGAGCUGAUGAGACUGCAGCGUACGGACUGUGAAUUGAAAAAGAGGACUUCUGUAAAGGAGCAGAAAAACAACUAUAACGAUGUCAGCAUUCAGCUUUGUCCUUGUUCUGGCCAUCGCUGGAACCCACAUGUCACACAGUGAAGAAUCGCCAACAUCUGAGGAGAACACAAUGAAGAACAUACAGUCCAAAGUGAACGAUUUAUGGCACAGCCUGCUUCAUCCAGUGGCCUUAAUAGCAAAAGAUGCACAAUUAGUCUAUGCUUCAUGUGAAAUGAAACCAAGCACCAAACUGGAAGAAGACAAACCCCAAGUUACCGGGCAUGUGCUUUUCAGGCAAGUUUACCCUCAGGGGAGACUGGAAAGCAUCAUUGACCUGCAGGGAUUCCCCAAAACAAGCAAUCAGUCAAGAGCGAUUCAUAUUCAUGAGUUUGGGGAUCUCAGCGAUGGUUGUGAUGCUGCCGGAGGUCAUUUCAAUCCAUUCAAGGUUAAUCAUCCAAAGCAUCCAGGUGAUUUUGGCAACUUCUUGCCCAAAGACAGGAAGAUAAAAAUAUUAAAGAAAAACAUCCGAGCAACUAUGUUUGGACCCCAUUCAUUCCUUAGCAGGUCUGUGGUGAUUCAUGAGCAGGAGGAUGACCUUGGGAAGGGAGACAACCCAGCCAGUCUACUGAAUGGCAAUGCAGGCAAGAGGUUAGCUUGCUGUGUUAUUGGAAUCAGCAAUAAAAACCUCUGGGAGAAAACUUCUCAAUCCUUUGCCAGCAGUAAGAAGAAGAGAAAUGCCAGAGGGCUCGCAAAAAAACAAGCCUAGCUGUUUAGGAACCAGCUUAUCACUUGUCUAUGUAAUUAAAUGUUUGGCUCCAGUGCAGUGUUUUCACCAUCUGUUUCAGUAAGGAAUACACAAUCCUGUUAAUGUUGCACAAGACAAAGGAAUACAUUAUAUAGUCAUAGAUAUCUGGCAUCUGUUAUAAAGUGGCUAGCGUAUUUUACCUUUUGCGACUGUCUCUCAGCAAGCCUGAACUCUGGGCUGCCUCAUUACAAACCAUCCUGCUCAUAGAUUGCCACAAAGCUAAACUGCUUGUGACUUUAUUAAACAGGUCAAAUAACAUAUGUUAUAGUAUAAUAAAGCAACAUAAAAUGUAUUGUUUUUGCAGAUUUUGCAGUGGAGCACGGUCUAUGUUUUUUUUAUUUCACAUUCUUUUCCUCUUUUGAAUUUUGUACUUUACCAUUAUAAAAGUGUUUCUUACAUUUUAUGAAAAAUCUGACAACUAUUGUGACAGAUAUCCUGUGUUUUCUACAAAAACAACAAUCUAGAAUCAGAAAAUCCCAAGCCAAUUAAAAAGCUCCAUUAAAUUGUAGAGCCAAUCAGUGACAGGAGGACAGGGAGAUACAGUUGUCAUUUGACGGUCCCAUCCACAGUACAGAUUGAAUGCAACACUAUUCAAGCAGGGCAUAAUUUAAAACUGUUAAAAUCUGUUCAGAAAUAAAUGCAGAGAUGGUGAAACGAGGCCAGCUGUUUAAGGGGCAUUCGGUUUUACAUUAAGGACUUUCUGAAUUAUUAAACUACCAGUGCAUACAAAAUAUUUUAAUGGGAAGCUUAAUGAAACGGUUAUAUCGUAAAUAGCAGAUGUAUUUUGUCUUUUUAAAGCUGGUAAAUUCAAUCAUUUCUCAUUCUUUAACACUAUUAAUUCGAAUCAUGAGAUCCAGUCUAUUCCAAAGUUUAACUGUGGACUUGUUUUGAACUCUAUACAACAGGAGUUUCAGUAGUGUUAAUAUAACAGCAUAGUAUCGCUUAUACUUUGGUAAAUCAAAUGCUUUUGUCUACAUUGUUUAACAAAUAAAGUAUGUUUUACACUU